AAACAGCGCGACGAAAGUACGAGAUUGUGCACGACUUUUUCACUAAGAAUCGCGUCGUGGUUUCCCCGGAGUAAAAAGAAUUGAACAGUGUUCGUGUAGUUCCUCGAUAGCCAGUAUCUUAUUUACAAUAUAGGAAUCGACAAAGUCUGUUUACCAAAUUUCUAAUAUUUUGAAUUCGCAUAUUAUUUCUUUAUGCGUACGUAUAUCGUUUCUAAAGCACGUAGUAGAUAUCAGUACCUCCUCGAGUCGUUAUGGAGAAUAACAGUUUAGAGGAUGGUCUUGGGUGUCCAUUCGAGGAAGAUGAUCUGGGAGAAGAGGAAGAAUACGAUGCUCUAAACGAUGAAACAUUUGGUUCUGAAGCUACUAUUGGCGAUUGGGAGAAAGACCAUGAAAAACUUGCCGAGAUUACAGAAUCCAGUCGUCCUCAUCAUCAAAGUACUUUAGACAAAAAAAAUGUAACUGAUACAAAUAUUGAAGAUAAUUUAUCCCACUUGGUACUAGAUGAGAAAGAAGGUAUCAUUCCACGCCCUGGAGUAUGGGAUUGUCCUUCCAACUUAUCCCUUCCUAAACUUCGACCACCAUUAAGCUUAACAUCCCCAUUAACCAAUGUUUGUACGGUUGAACAACUAGAAAAGGGAUUAAUUGCAAACAGGCCACCACCUAGAUUAAAUAAACCUGUUCAGACGCAGCAGCAACAACAUCAACAACAACAGAAAUCCGAUGGAUCGCUUUUGUUUGAAUCUUUAUCUGCACCGCCGCGCUUCCCACCGGGGUUGGGUAUACCACCUCCACAUCCUGUUGUUUUACCACCAAACAUGAGAUUUCCUCAUCCUCAGUUUUUACAGCACCCUAGAUUAUUACCAAAUCAAACUGGAAAUGUAUUAAGAUAUCCUUUAGCGGCACAUUUGAUGCUCCCACAUACUGCUCAGCGGCAACCAAUUCAUAAUUCAUUUUGCAAUAAUUUUCCACCACAAGCACCGCUUUCGAAUUUAUGUCCUCCUCCGUUUUUACGAGCCGACCAUAGCAUAAUACCUCCUUUCUCUAGCAAUCAGACUGGUCAUCAGCAACAGCAACAUUCUUUUUCGCAUUCUGGAAAUCAAAGAAAUCAAAAUAGAGCUUUCCAUCAUGGGGAACAACAAGGAAAUCAUCAACCAUUUUUUAAGAAUAACCAGUAUCAUCGUAACCAUGAUCGAAAUAAUCAGCGACAAUAUCAUUAUAAUCAUCACUGUCAAGGAAUAAAUGGUGUGAUAGGUUCGGGAGAAUAUGAUGAAUACGCCGGUCUCAUGAGUAGUCGAGAGAAACAGUGGUUAAUUAAUAUUCAAUUAUUGCAACUUAACACAAAUGAGCCAUAUGUCGACGAUUAUUAUUAUAUUGUUUUCUGCGACAGAAGAAACAGACAGAGUAUAAAUCAAGAACAAAAAGAUAAAAAGCAACACAACAAUAACAAUAAUAAUAGUUAUCAUAGAGAUUCCAGGGAUCGAGAACAACCACAUGUGCUUUCAAGGCCCAUAUAUAUACCGGCACAGUUUGAAAAUUCUUUGGGAAAAUUACAGUUCGCCAGUGUUAUUGCACCGCGAAAAGUCAUUGACAUGGAUGUUGUACCGAAUAGUGAUCCUCAAUUAACUACUCAAAUACAACAAAAAGAUACGAAACGAACAAGGCAAUUAUUACUGGAAAUUGAAAGGUUAUAUAUAAUCCAAUUGAGAUUAGAAGAUCUGCACAAUCCUUUGGCUCUGCUUAACGAACAACAACAAAAUCAAGAAGGCGAAAACGAAGCAAAUAAUCAUAAGAAAAGCAGUACAGAUUUAAUAAAUAUGAUGUUAUCGGCUUUUCUCCAGUUAAUACAAGAUGAUAAAUUACCAAGCAUGCUAAGUAUUCGAAAAGGAAAGACGCUAUUACUGAGGUUUUUCCCAUAUUUGAAUGUAACGGAACAUCGCAAUCAAUUAGAAGAAAUAUGGAAUGUGAUAUUUCGAGGAUUAGCUAUGAUAGGACGUAGAGAUUCCCAUCUAUUGAUGAGUCUGCAUUCGGAAUUUCAACGUUGGUUCGAUACCGUACACAAAUUCGGUACAAUACUUCGACUAGCUCGAUCGCUGUCUGAUUCCGCUAGUCAACCAAUCAAGAACAACAGUUUAGCUUUUGCACUGACAAACAAGUUUGGUGUAUCUGUAAUUGCUUCGAUGUUCGAACAAGCAGAAAAAUUAUAUACCACGGAUGAUUCUUCGUCUUCGGAUUGGUCAUCUUUCAUAACAAACAUCAUCGAAAUAAUUGGUGAAACUCCACCCUGUGUCGCACCUUGUCGACCGAUUGCUGCAAAUACGCUCAAUCAGCAUUUAAAUCGACUAUCUCAUUUAAAAUGUGGGAGAUAUACAACUCUGGAACUUCUACUAACUGAUGCCAAUCCUUCUCGAUAGUUGAACGUUAUUAGAUAUUUUUUGGCAUUUCAUUAAAACUUGCUUUUUAUUAUUAUCAUUAUUAUUAUUAACUGAACGACAAAUUACACUGAAGGAAAAUCGCAAAUAUUUUAAUACUGUUACAACGGUUAAGAUUAAUCAAAUAUUUCUUGCAUAUAACUAAAUAUUUUAGUAUAAUCAAUACCCAAAUUCCACAUAAUAUACGUAUGCCUCUUGCGUUUAUUUGCAAACAUAACGGUAUUUAUUAUAUCGAAAAUAACGCAGUUAUUGCUUAAUAUAUCUUGUAUGGUGUUUAUAAUUUUUCUUUUUCUAAGUUUACUACGUAAAGCAGGUAUUGAUUAUACAUAUUCAACGCAUAACUUACACAUCUUAUUUUCCUAUGCUCUUUGUUCGUCGUUCUCCUAUUUUUCCUUUUUUGCUUUUGUAAAGUAUAUUUCUAGCAUGAUUUUUUUUUAACGGAAAUCCAAUUCCUAUAUUAUGUUUAUUAUAACAUAAUACCUCGCGGUCUUGUAGAUGUGUACGGUAUAUUGUUUGAAUUGCGUUUGAACUUUAAGAACUUCAUUGAACGUAUUAUCAUCGUUCGUUAAUUGAAUUUAUAUCUUUCUUCGAUAGACGUGGGAACAAAUACUCCCUUUUAUCGAGAAUAUUUCCUUCCUUCCCUUUCCGUCGUUGUUCAUCUCUUUCUUUCUUUUCGUAUAUUCCAUUCCGUUUUCUUUUUUUUUUUUUUUUUUUUUUUUUUUUAAUUAAUUUUCUUUUUCCUCGGCGAACGAGGGGAGAGGGAGAAUGAGAGUGACAGUCUUUUUAUCUUUAUUUCGAACUAAAACAUACUCGCGUGUUUCUGCUAGAUAAAUGGCAAUGCUGUACCCGUAAUCCAUAAACUUGCAAAAAAGAUAAAAAGAGAUUGCGUUGAGGUAACUGGUAGUUUACUAAUUUCGUAUAAUAUUUUGAAUGUGAAACAGUAUGCUACGAUAAAGUUAUUUGUUAAUCAGGAUUAAUUAUAUAAGAUAAUGUUUUAUCUUUACGUAAGAUUGACAUUUAUAUACGAAAAUAGUUGAUUGUUCAUUCGUUUGCGUCGUAUCUUUGAAAAGGUAUGGGAGUCAUAUAUGCAAUGAUUAUGUAAGUUUCUAUAUGAAGUGCUGAAAUAUGGCAAUGUUUUUAUGUAACAAUUAGCGUAUUGAAAACUUGGGUCUGUAGUAUGUAUAAUUAUAUCGUGAACAUUACAGAGACACGCGAACUUAACGAUUUCGUCUUGUCCGUCGUGUAUUCGCCAAUUAUUUCACAAUAUCCGUUUGCAACUGAUUUAAUGCGUAUUUUAAGAGCAGGAUUAUUAUCGAAUAAAAUGUUGCGUACCUAGUGUGAAAUGGUCGCAAGAAUUAUAGUGGCAACUAGCAAAAGCAUGGAAAGCGAUUUAAAAUAUACGACGACAUGGCCUUUGGUGCACAGUAUAAACGGUUACUUUUUUUAUUGCAGUAUAUAUUUAUAAAUUCUUAUGUACAUUUAGCUUGUACAUAGAACGACUCUGAUGAAUGAAUGACUUCAUAUAUUUUAUAAUCGGAUGCGAAAAAGAGUAUAGUUUUCGCUUCCGCGAUAUAGCAUUACGUCAUUUUUGCAAGAAAAAAGGGAAAAAAUUAUAAAAAUGAUACAAAAAAAGAUUGCAUUAUUUUUCAAUGUCUAUAACGAUCGUGAAAUCAACAAGUGAUUCGACAUGUCUGAGUUAGAAUUAAUACAUAUGUCGGAUUUACAUUAAAUUAUGUAUAGCGUUACAUCGCAACCCGACAUAACACUCCCUCCUUCUGUAGUAUAAGGUCGUAAUUUCAAACAUUGCCAGUUACUUUCUCUUCCUAUCAAAAAUGUUUUUUAAGUUUCACGAGCUUUUAAAUCCUCGGUAUAGUAAUUUUGGUAAAUUUAUUAUCCAUGAAUUAAUUACCGCGAUACAACAGGCAAUACACGUUAUUACUGUGAAAAGCUAUUGUUUACGUGGUGGACCGAGGCUGGUUGAAAUUUCGCAAGAAACUAGAUAUAUCCUUGUCAUUUGUAAAAUAACGAUCCGAUUACCGAGUUGAAGCGAGCACAUUUCGAUUUCUUAAUCUCGGAUGAAAGAUAUUUGUUGAGACUGUACAAAUUUUUUAAUCUUUGAAAUUAAACUGUAUUAUAAAGUUUAA